AUGCAUACACUUGAUUGCAGACCUUGGUCUCCACAGGACUCUUCCUUGCUGGUCAGCAAUGUAUCCGUCCUCUGUGGUGAUGGCCACGAAGAGAGCUUGUAUGAAGCCAUGGGUCACUGGCCUCAUCACCUUCAUAUCCCUGAUUGUUCUGGCAGUGUGCACUGGACUCAUUGUUCAUUAUGUGAGAUAUAAUCAAAGGAAGGCCUACAAUUACUAUAGUACAUUGUCAUUUACAAGUGACAAACUAUAUGAUGAUUUUGAAAGAGAGGCUUCUAAAAAUUUCACAGAAAUGAGCCAGAGAAUUGAAUCAAUGGUGAAAAAUGUAUUUCAUAAAUCUUCAUUGAGGGAAGAAUUUGUCACGUCUCACAUUAUCAGAUUUAGUAAAGAUGAAAACAGAGUGUCGGCUCACAUGCUGCUGAUUUUUAGAUUUCGCUCUACUGAGGAUCCUGAAACCAUAAAUAAAAUUAUUCAACGUGUUCUACAUGAAAAGCUGCAAGAUGCUGUAGGGCCCCCUGAAUUAGAUCCCGAAUCAGUUGAAAUAAAAAAAAUCAACAAGACAGAAUCAGACAACUUUCUGAACAAUUGUUGUGGGACUCGAAGGAAUAAAAAUUCAAAAUCAAGUGUCAGGAUUGUUGGUGGGACACAGGUAGAAGAAGGUGAAUGGCCAUGGCAAGCUAGCCUGCAAUGGGACGGGAUCCAUCGCUGCGGAGCAACUUUAAUUAAUGGCACAUGGCUUGUGAGUGCUGCUCACUGCUUUAUAAUGUAUAAGGACCCAACCAGAUGGACCGCCUCCUUUGGAGUAACAGUAUAUCCUCCUAAAAUGAAACAUGGCAUCCGGAGGAUAAUUGUCCAUGAAAAAUUUGAACAUUUAUCACAUGACUAUGAUAUUUCAGUUGUAGAGCUUUCUAGUCCUGUUCCCUACACAAAUGCGGUACAUCGAGUUUGUCUCCCUGAUGCAUCCCAUGAGUUCAGCCAAGGCGAUGAGAUGUUUGUGACCGGAUUUGGAGCACUACAUAAUGAUGGUAUCAGUCAAAACCAUCUUUGGCAAGUGCAGGUGAAUCUCAUAGACACUCAAACCUGUAAUGAACCUGAAGUUUACAAUAACACUAUAACUCCUAGAAUGCUAUGCGCUGGCUCCUUGUCAGGAAAAAGAGAUGCAUGCCAGGGCGACUCUGGAGGACCACUGGUUAGUUCAGAUUCUAGAGAUAUUUGGUAUCUGGCUGGAAUCGUGAGCUGGGGAGAUGAAUGUGGGAAACCCUACAAGCCUGGUGUUUAUACCAGAGUGACUGCCCUCCGGGACUGGAUUGCUUCCCAAACUGGUAUCUAAGAGAGAAAAAUCU